AUGGAGAUCACGUGCGUUUGCUCUCUCUCUACCGCGCUGUCAUCUCAAUCAGGCGCUUCCCCAUUGGCUACUCCCCUCUUGAAAGCUCGUGGGGAGGGGACCACGGACGAGAUAGUCCAGGCAUUCCUGUUUUCCUACAGGACAACACCGAACCCGGCGUCCCCUGGUGGCGUUUCUCCUGCCGAGGCGUUGAUGGGCCGAAAACUGCGUACAACGUUUCAUGCCCUCGUCCCUACCGGUGCGCAGCCCGCGCAGACUUCUCCAGUCUCUCGCAGCAAGCUCUCCAUCGGAACGCCUGUCUUCGCCCGUGAUUAUCGAGCGGAGUUCCCAGACUGGAUUGAAGCAACCGUGGUAGCGCACAGAGGCAGUAUGUUGUUUGACGUCGACGUUGGUGGUGAAAUCUGGGUUCGUCACCACAACCAGAUCCGACGGCGACAUUGCAGUAACACAACUGGGCUCGAUCCGGCGCCGUCACUCCCCCUUGACAUCCUACUGGAUACCUUCGCCAUUCCGGCAGAUCGGUCGGUUCCCGAACCCACUGCUGCGCCUCCUUCGGAUGUACCGCCUUCGAUAUCAGUCACUGCCCCCGGGUCUCCAGACAACAAACCACAAUUAAGACGCCGAACCAACCGCGUGCGCCGAUCAACACUGCCGAUGCAGAUCAAUCCACGCCAAAAGCGGUACUGA